AUAGCCAUAUAUGUGGACACUCUUCGCGAGUGUUACGAGGCGUUUGUGAUCUACAGUUUCAUGAAGUAUUUGCUGAACUUUCUGUUCCACGAGAUGGACCUCGAGGUGACCAUAGAGUGCAAGCCUGGAGUGCAACACCUGUUCCCCCUGUGCUUUCUGGCCCCCUGUGUGGGCGGUCGCAGGUUUCUCGAGCGAUGCAAACACGGGAUCCUUCAGUAUGUGGUCGUCAGGCCCUGCACUACAUUCCUCGCACUAUUCUUCGAAAUACUGGGAGUUUAUGGUGAGGGACACUAUGGGCCGGGAAAUGCCUACCCAUACCUACUGGUCAUUAACAAUAUCUCACAAAUGAUAGCGAUGUACUGUUUGGUCAUAUUCUACACGACCUAUAAGUAUGAAUUGGCGCCAAUGAGACCUCUGCCUAAGUUCUUAAGCAUCAAAGCCGUUGUUUUCUUCUCGUUUUUUCAGGGAGUAGUGAUAUCUAUAUUCAUUCAACUCGGAAUCAUUACUCAAGCCUUCAUUCCCGAAGGUAUCAAAACAGAUGAUCACCACACCAUCAUUGCCCGCAACUUUCAGGAUUUCCUCAUCUGCUUCGAGAUGUUAGUGGCCGCCAUCGUGCACUUGUAUGCCUUCUCGCACAAGCCUUUCGUCGAUCUCGCGGCAGUGAAUGAUCCCAUUUGUCUGAGUCUUAUGCGGAUCAUUGAUUUGACAGAUGAGAGGACAGACAUCUCCGAUCAUUUUAGACAAAUCAGAAUUCGGUUAAGGGAUGUGUUUGGACGCANUGUUUAA